GGCGAUUCCACAGCUCAUCGGGCGGGGUUGUUUCUGCUAGCCAACUUUUAAUGCUGCAUUAGCUGACGGCCUAGGCACUUUCUUGCGCAGCGGCUUGUUUCUCUUUUGUACCUCCUCGACAUACUGCAGGGAAAAGGAGCAACAAUGACUUCAACAAAUAUGUUCCAGGGACUCGAAUCUGGUGCGAAGCCCAGUUCAAGGGUGCUGCGGCCUCCAGGUGGUGGUUCCAGUAAUCUUUUCGGUGCUUAUGAAGAUGACUCAGCCAGCAGGCGACCACACAAAAUGGCCUCCACCAUUUUUGCACCUCCAGAGGAACCUCAGGAAGGCCCCAAGCGCUCCAAUCCCCCAGGUGGGAAGAGUAGUGGAAUCUUUGGGGAGCCUAAGGCGACUCCAGCUCAGCAGAAACCUGCCCCUUCUGGUUCCAAUAACAUUUUUGGUGAUCAGCCCUGCUCAUCACCUAUGAAAACCCCACAUCCCAACAAGCCAAAGGACAACAUUGGUGUGGGAGCCAUCUCAGAACCUAAGCCUCCAGCUCCUUUGAAGAAGGCUCCUGUUGAAGAGGUGAAGGCAGAAGCUCCUGCCCCUGCUCCUGCUCCUGCCCCUACUCCUGCUCCUGCUCCUAGUCCCCAGGCCACACCCAACAAGGAGAAGCCAGCCCCUGCGACCAGUGGGGCGGAGCCAGAGAAGGACCACGAGCCACGCCUAGGACCCCGCCCACGCUCUCACAACAGGGUGCUCAACCCACCUGGUGGAAAGUCCAGCGUAGUGUUCUAUUGACCCUUCUGCCCACUGACGGUUCUUUGCCCGCUUUUUGCUCUGCCCCCCACCCCGCACCACACCUUUCCCAUUUCCUUUUUCCGUUUCAUCGCCCGUGCAUCCCUCCUUUCCUCAUCCUCUCUUCCUCCCUUCCUCCCCUGCACUUUGCCUCAUUCCUGAACUUCACCUGUGUUCAACGGUUGGAAGUGUUAGUGAGUUUUGUUGCUGUUGGAACUCACCAAUCAUUUAUAAGGGUUUGAUUCUUUGAACGGUUUCAUACAUUUUGAGUAUUUUUGUGUGCGUCUUCUCACUUUUUUUGUAUACUCUGGAUUGAUUUGAUGACAUGAUAUUCCAUUGAAUCUGUACAAAUGCAACUGGAACCCCUUUUUGGCAUGGAGAGCACUCAAGUGUAGACAAAUCAGAUUGUGUUUGGGAACUCUGUGCAAUACUUCUGUUCACCAAAUUACAACAAAUCCAUGCUGCAACCAUAAUGUGAGCAUUUCUCUUCCUUUACUAUCCUGUAUAAUUCCCUUCCAAGCCCCCUCACCCCACCUUUGCCGUUUGACAUUCAGUUAAUGUUCUUUAUCUGAAAAUACAAGGCCUUACAGUGAAACACAUACACACAUACAUGUACUCACAAACACUGACCUCCUGCCAAAGUAUGCACACACCAAAACCUGUGUGUUAGAGGCUAUUUUGAUUUUCUUUUCUAAAUCCAUGCCAAAGCGAAGAGUAGUGUGAUUUGCUAGCUUGUGUGUGUGUGUGCAUAUUUUGGUGCCUCAUAUUUGCAUCCAGAUAGUGGCUUCUGCUCCAGACUGGCUCAUUUAUGUUUUAAAUUAAAACGGCAGUAGGGCCGGGGGCACCCUCAUGUGACCCACGCCCACUCCCCCCCCCCCCCUCUGCCUGCCACGCCCGGAGUGCCAGUAUGGUUGCCAAGUGAUGUGAUUGUCAGAAAUAGUGGAAGCACAGCCUUGAGUGUCACAAUAAACUUCUGUUUUAUUGAA